AUGUUUUCCUUCACUCUUUCCUUAUUUUUUUAUUUUUUGCCAUCAUUAAUUCUUAAACAAUUAACGAGUGCCCAAUUAAUACCCAGAGUUUUGUUAUUUAAUGACCCAAAAUAUUCUGCAGUUACACUUAGCCCUGAUGGAAAAACUGUUGCUUUCCUUGCACCUAAUGAAUUUGGUAUUAGCAAUGUUUAUACAAAAUGUCAUUCAUGUAAAUAUAGUAAACCUGUCACAUUUGAAAAUCGCCGCCAUAUUAGUGGUUAUCAAUGGACUGGAGUACCAAAUAUAAUUUUAUUUCAUCAAGAUAACAAUGGAGAUGAAAAUUUUAGACUUUAUAAAGUUAAUAUAACAAAUCCUUCUCCUUUUAAUCCGGUUUAUACAGUAAAUGAACAACCGGGAAUUAAAGCUUUAAUUAUUGGAAAUAAUUUACGUGAUCAUAGAGUUCUUAUUGGUCUUAAUGAUGAGAAUCCGUCUUUUCAUAAUAUUUACGAACUUGAUUUAAUUAAUAAUCAAAUGAGAAUGAUAUUUCACAAUCAAAGAUUUCCAGCAAAAAUUGUUGUAGACAAUAAUCUUAAAAUUAGAAUGGUUGUAGAGGAAGCUUUAGAUGGAUCUCUUGUUUAUUAUAAACUUUCUGACAGUGCAAAUCCUUCAAGGCUAACUUCUGAUAGGUUAAAUUGGGUUGAAUAUUUACGUGUUCCGUCUGAGGAUAGAGCUUUAACUUUACCAAUAUCAUUUACUCAAGACAAUCAAAAAAUUUAUUGGCAAUGGGGAGCUGACACUGACCUAGGUCAGUUGGUUGUUCAUGAUUUUGGACGUCCUGAACAAAAUGAGGUUCUUUAUACAGCACAAAAGGCACAAAUUGGAGGUGUUAUUUUCCAUCCAAUUGAAAGAACAGUUUUGUCUGUAACUGAAAUAUAUCAUAAACCAGAUAUUUAUGUAGCUAAUACAACUGUUUUAGAUGAUAUGCAAUAUUUAGUUAAUUUAAGGCCAACAGGAACACCCGUAAUUGAAUGCAUGAGGCUUUUCUUUUAA